CCGAUAACAUCGAGGGUAUGAUCCUCUUAUCAGAAUUGUCGAGAAGACGAAUUCGAAGUAUUCAGAAAUUGAUUCGGGUUGGAAGGAACGAGGUCGUUGUGGUUUUAAGAGUCGACAAAGAAAAAGGUUAUAUCGAUCUGUCUAAACGUCGUGUCUCUCCCGAGGACGUGGCCAAAGCCGAAGAAAAAUUUAAUAAAUCCAAAGCAGUACACAGCAUAAUGCGGCAUGUUGCUGAGAAACAAAAUAUGGUCCUCGAAGACUUGUACAACCAAAUUGGGUGGCCGUUAUACAAAAAAUAUGGUCAUGCAUAUGAAGCGUUCAAGCUGGCAAUCACUGAACCCGAAAAGGUAUUCGAGGGUCUAGAUAUAUCCCAAGAGAUCAUCGACGAACUAUCAAACAAUAUCAAACGACGGUUGACGCCACAACCAAUAAAGUUUCGCGCCGAUAUUGAAGUAACAUGCUUCGGUUACGAAGGUAUUGACGCUAUUAAGACGGCACUCAAGGCCGGUGAGUCAUGCGAAACCGGAGAUACUGCCGUAAAGAUUAAGCUGGUUGCCCCCCCAUUAUAUGUCCUUCUUACAAAUGCAUUGGAUAAGACUUUGGGAGUUGAAAUAUUAGAAAAAGCAAUUGUCGUCAUUCACGAGUCUAUAGAGAAAUCUGGGGGUAACCUGACGGUUAAAAUGAAGCCAAAGGCAGUAAGCGAAACCGACGAAGUGGAGCUUGCUGAACUUAUGGCUCGUAUGGGCAGAGAAAACGAAGAGGUUUCUGGUGACGAAGAUUCUGAACCCGCGGCUGGUGACACAGACUGA